UCAGGCUCGAGCCGCCCGUGGUGGCUCGAAAUGUACGGUAGAUACCCAUGUUUCUUGUGGACUAGCCUCCACUGUAUGGGUGGUCCCGAUCAGCGUGCUGGACAUCGCCUCAUGCGAAUCUAUCAGGCUUGCUGCCGGCCGCAUGCUCAAGCUUACGUGUGGCCAAGAGGUACCAAACAGAUCGGUGAAGGCUGCCACUUGGGUCAGAAGCGUCAAUGGGCCCACUCCUGGGCACGCAGCCCAAUAUACUGCUUUUGCCGAAGGCGUGGCUGGUCUGAUCAUAACAUGUAAUAUAUUUAAUUGGUGGCGCAAGAUACUUCGAGAGUCCUGGCUGUGUGGUGGUGGAUGGCGACGGCAAGCAUUUGGAAGCGUUGCGUGCGUGGAGUGACGCUAUGAAGUCAAAUAGAGCUGCGAGUAUGCACAGAUCAGUCACCCAGGCUGGCAGUGUCCUAUCGUAUGUUCGCAAUAGCAAUUUGUCAGUGCGUCUGCUUGCUGUUCCAAUGGUUGGCGCUGCAUCAGUGUUGCGUCUUAUCAAGCCUCCGCGAUGCUUGACGACUCCAGAGUGCAAAGAUAUGAUUUGUCAGUUUGUGGCGUGCGCCUCAAUAUGUGCACGUGCUGGCGCCCUUGGGUUUCACAUCCAUGCCGGUCAUGGGCCAUGGGUACUUGCUGGAGCAGUUCUCGAGUACACGUUCAAACAAAACGGCCGACGAAUAUGGAUGCCCGACCUUCAUCGAACGCGUACGUUUGUUGCUCGACGUCUGCAACGAAGUGCGAAAGAAAUUGGGUCCCGCUCACAUUGUGGCUGUGAAACUUGGCAAAGCUACAGUAAACGCGCAUGCGAUAGCAUCUGGCGAAACACAGGAGCUGCUUCGAGCUCUCAGCCGGGUCCCUGUUGACUUGGUAGAGGUUUCGGCGGGCGGCAACUACGACGAUUCGGCCAUCAUUCUUGGCAAUUCCACAGGCGAGCCUUUGGGCCAGCCCUUCUUCCUGAAGCUCGAGUGCCAGCUCGAGGCGCACACCAGCGGAAGCGGCCUCGCGAUCAUGGUGACGGGCGGCUUCCGUGCGACACAAGCAGUUGAAGCGGCAUUAACAGACGGAGGUGCCGAUCUCGUUGGUUUUGCGAAGCCCUUCAUCUUGUGCCUUGACGUACUGCGUAAGAUUUCGGCGGGCGAGAGUUUUGACAUGAGCGUGCCUUUCCAAUCGGCUCGAUGGGCUGCACGCUUCGGACAGCUGCACCUCAUUCGUAACCAUGGCCUUGCAAUGCUAGCUGCUGGGCUCGACGGCGCGCACUACCGUCACCAGCUAGAGCGCCUGUCAGUGAACCAACCAGCAGACCCCAGUUUCGGGGGAUUGCCAUGCGGCCUUUGGUUCCUCGUAUGGGAUAUCCUCGCCGCCUAUGGUCUUCGCUGGAUGUGGUGGACUUUGUUGCGCGGUGCCUAGAGAAAUUGCAGGACCCGUGCUCGUUGACUGUUCCAUACGAUGGGCGUGCAUUCGUCGAGUGCUGCGUGCACUGUGAGGGUCAGGCUCCCUGCCCCGCAGCCCCUCCCCAAACAACAGAUUAGAUUGGCCUGGACACCGUGUAAGUAAUCGGUGGGCCAUGCAGGCUGUUGAUCGCCCUGGUGGCAAUGUCGUCGCAGGGUGCUGCGGACAGCCUCAGCAGUGCAGCCUGCGGCUGCGGCAUCGCAGUGCUGUAGUUCCUCUCCAGCCUUGCUCGUGGUAACAACGGGGCCUCCCCAGCCACUCCUGCCGAAGCUCUUCGUGCGGUGAGUGCCCUCCUCAGCCGCCGGCUUUCCGCGGCCGCCCUUCGCCUCCUUCCCUCCCGCGUGCCGCC